ACCUUAUUUCAUCAUUGCGAUAGAGUCUGACGGAUAGUUCAUCAAAUACACCCCCCCAACAAACCCCUUUCGAGCGCGGCCGAGAUGGCCAACCCAACGCGUCUUCCCAAGUCUCAGGAGCCAUUUCACAUAUUUAAGGACGAUUGCUUUGACGAUUCUACUACUACGCCCAUGAUGAGCCACGCACCCAUGCCCCCCGUAACAAGACCUACGAAGCGACCCCUCGGUUCUUCCAACAGCAAUGUCGUCCUCAACCCCCCCUCAGACUUGUCGUCAGCAGCAGCACAAUCUCCCGUCAAAUCUGUUUCCCGAAAGUCCUCCCCACGUACUCCUCUCCCGCCCGCACAGAAUAACAAGCUCGACGCGGUCACAAUGGCACCUCCGCCAACCAAAGGCAGCAACACCGAUUCGCUCCAGAAGAAACCUUUCUUGUCCAAGUUCAAGACAGUCUCUCAGAAGCCUGUGGCCGACCCAGCAGCACCAGCACCGGCUUUCGGCAAAGAAAACCUUGAGCCGCACUUCUUCCUUCAGCAGCCGCCGAUCAUGACUUUCAGCAACUGCUACAUGCCGGCGCCGCCGCCGCCACAACAACAACAACAACAACAACAACAGCAGCAGCAGCAGCCACAGCAACAGAAGGGUCCCGGGAAAAGGACCCUGAUGGAAGCUGCUCCUAUCAAGCAGGCGAGACCGGCGAAAAAGUCAAAGACGAACGAGCCCGUCAUCCCCCCACAGGACUGGUUCCCUCCGGCUGUCGACGACGGUACCAAGCCUAAUCUUAGCUAUGCACAGUUGAUUGGCAUGGCUAUUUUGCGCUCCCCCAACCGACGCCUAACUCUCGCUCAGAUCUACAAGUGGAUCUCCGAUACAUUUAGCUUCUACAAGGCCGAUGACGCCGGAUGGCAGAACAGCAUCCGUCACAACCUGAGCCUCCACAAGGCCUUUCUCAAGGUAGAGCGGCCGAAGGACGAUCCCGGAAAGGGCAACUACUGGACUAUCCAAAAGGACAUGGAGCAGCAGUUCAUGAACCAGAAGCUCCCGCGGAAGCCCACAUCAACGUCCGAAAACCUCCCCGUCAUGUCCACCUCGAUCGAACCGUCCGGCCCCAAGUCCGCAACCGUUUUCGAGCCGACACUUCCUCCGCCUCCGCCCGCCGCCACGGCACAAGCUCCCCUACCUCAGCUUCCCACCUCGCAAGCCACCAUACCCGCCGAAGUUUCCUCCGACGCCACCAUACCGAUAUCCGACCCUCCCGAGGAUGCUGGCGCCGGCAGGCUGCUUGACCCCGACGGCCCUUCCCUCCACUCGCCUCUCCCCGCCGCCAUCCACUCCUCGCCGCCUAUACCUCGCCAUAUCGCGCCUCGGAGCCACACCCCGCCUCCCGCCUCCCGUGGCCCGGCGACCUCGUCCAUUAACCGCUCUCACAAGCGCAGGUUUGCCUCGAUGGACGACAGUGGCUAUAUUUCUUCGCUCGAGUCUUCUGUCACGAGACCGAACCAACGGGGCUCCAUUCUGACUUCGGAGGCCGAUCGGCCUCGGUCUAAGAGAAGCCGAAGGGGUCCCGACGGCCGGGCAGAAUUGGAGAUCGCCCGUCUUCGGGCGUCCUCACACGAGAGCCCAAGCAAAAGCCGCUCCUACAACGCCCUUCCACCGCCGUCGUCGUCCCCCUUCCGUAACACAGAGCGGCCGAUGCUCCCGCCCUUGACGCCGGCCAUGAAGUUGAAGGUUCCUCAGAAUCCGCCUCCUUCGGCCUCCCCCAACACGAAUCUACAGAUCCAUCGCGAUCAGGUUCGCGCCAUGCUCCAGUCUCCUCUUCGCAAGAUGACCGGCAUAUCCGAGGAAGGCACGCCAUGGAGCCCUGCCUUCAACCUGGACACGUCUGUAUAUGACUUGAACAAUAACAUGAGCUUCGGGGGGUUCGAGGCAACAACAAUAGUAACGCCGGCAACAACAACAACAACAACAACAACGGCAACGGCAAUCUCGGCAUCACAUCUACGCCUGCGUUGAAACUCCCCACCCCGUCACACAUCACAUGGGAGACUCCAAGCAAGGUGUUCAGCGGGCUGGACUCGCCAAGCAAGGUCUUGGGUAUCGACUCGCCGUCUAAGGUGCCCUCACCUACGAAUAUGAACCCCGCGUCAUAUGAUUUGCCUACCGGGAAUCUCUUCGCCAACAUGUUCGACGGCCCAGAGCUGUUGGGCGAGGAUGCCGAGAACUUGCCCCUGGACAUCUGUCAGGGGUUCGAG